AUGCUGAGAACGUCCGAGACCUACAGAGCAAGACAACAGAGGACAGAGAGGCUGCAGCUGGCCUCAGAGAAGCUGGAACGGGUCUUCACCAAACGUGUAGACAACAGUUUAACACAGCUACAAUCUCCGAGCAAAACAAUGCUGAUUGAGCGGUACUACAGCGGAGCUACUCAAACGCCGCCGGAAGCUCCCGGCACUCCCAGAGAGCAGACAAAUGAGUACUCGGGCUGGAUUUGCUUUGGUCAAGCCCAGCACCUCACACACACCUUUUCCAUCACAGCCCAGAGCGCAGCGGCAAGCCCCUCCGCGCCCUGGCGGCCUGCAGCGCUCGGAAGCCGAGAGGAGGCGGGGAGGCGGGGAGGCGCGCCCGCAGCCUUGGACUUCACACCGCGCUCGCGUGUGCACCGAGCCGCGGGCACACGGCGAACACACCUCUCACUGGGACACACGCACACGUGCGCUCGCAGCCCCCACCCGCCCCGGGCCCACCGAAGUUACCUCCGAGGUUCCUCCGGCGGAGGGCCCACCGUCUCCUGCUUCUUUUCCCGCCGUGGUCCGCACUGCCUCCAAUGCCGCGCCUCGCGAAGGCUGCAGAGCCCAGCCGACCCCAGUCCCGGGCAGCUCGGCUUCCGCGCCCUGGGCUGCACCCCGGGUCUGGGGCGGCUGCAGCUUCUGCCGCCCCGGGUCGGGGUCUGUCCUCACCUGCGGGGCGCCCAAUGGGCUGCAGCAGGCGCGGGGGCUGGCGCUCGGCGGCUGAGGCGGGCGCUCGGGCUCCUCCCCGGCAGCGGGCAGCCAGUACAGACUCGCAUGGCGCUUGGGCUCGCAGCGGCCCCAGGACGCGGCCUCAGCCCCCGGGCGGCCCCAGCCUCGGUCUUUGUGUCUCGGCCGGCGCCUCCACGUCACGGGCUUGGGGGCAGUGAGCAGCGCGGGCAGGGAAGCCGGCGGCAGAGAGCCGGGCUCGGCUUCUCCAUCAUCGCCCGGCCGCAGCGCGCAGCUGGGUUCUGCUAAGAUGAUGAAGCCCUUCAAGAAUAGAGGAGCCACAGAAUAGAAAGCAGCCUGAGUCUCUGAAUCACUGGAUGGAGAGCCACACACAGACCAGAACAUCCACCUGAGACUGAAUGCUGGAGUCUGCUCGUCUGUGGAAGCUGCAGGAACACAAGAGACUAAGGUCACCAGAUGUUGCUUGUGCUGGAGCAGAGCCCAAGCUCCAUGCUGCUGCUGCUGCUGCUGCCCUGCUUGAGCAGAACCCAAGAGCCCCCACUGGCUGGGAGCUGCUGUUGCCACCUGU